AUGGAGGAAAAUUCAAAAUUAUUUUCUAAUCAAUUCGACGUUAUUGAUGGUGAUUCAUAUGGUAUAAUGACACAUGAUGAUGAAUUAGAAGAUGAUUAUUUUACUCAAUAUAGAAAUGAUAUUAAUGAACAUGAAAUAAUACAAGAUGAUCCACAAGAACAUUUAUCACAACGAUUAAGUCAAUUGUCAAUGACCAACAAGAAUGAUGAUGAUGAUGAUGAUGAUUCAAUACCAAAAUAUCUACAAGAUGAAUUGGAUAAAUUAACUUGUACAAUAGAUCGAAAAGAUCUUCGACAUAUAGCAUACAUUCUCUAUGAACUAGGACGUUAUAAACAUUUGCAUGAUUUAUGGUCACUUUAUUUACAAGCUGGUCUUGGUCAAUUAUUAAAAUCAAUCCAACAUGAACAACCCUAUUGGGCAUAUCAGGAAACUUUCAUUCAUCAACAACUGAAUGAUUAUAAAAUUAAAUUAGAUUAUUAUCAAAAAGAAUAUGAUUCAUGUAAAAUGGACUCUUAUAUACAAGAUGUUAUUGAAAAACUGGUCAAUGAAUAUGGUUUAAUCGAAAUUCAUAUGGAAUCUGAAUAUACUAUUGCAUUAUUAUAUAAUAAAUAUCAUGAUCAUCAACUUCAGGUUCAAUAUCAAAAAGAAGCUUCAACAAAAUAUCAAAUAGAUAUGGGACAAAAAAUAUUCGAUACAAGUUUUCAAUUAUCAACCAUGAACUAUGAAUUAAUCUAUCAUCGAUUACAACUGCUCUACGAUCAACCACCUCGAUCUUAUGAUAAAUUAGAAUUUCAAUUACUAUCCAAGGAUCUCUAUGAAAAAUUAUUACAGCGAACUAAAACACAACUCAUGUCAUUACGUUUACUAUGUCUACAAACAAAUAUCUAUCAAUAUGAAACAAAAUUAAAAUUACAAAAAAAAGAAAUAACAAAUGAAAUAUUAUUUCAUAUCAUUGAUCAACGUAUCGAAUUAAUACGUGAACAAAUGAAAUUAAAAUUAGAUUUUCAUACAAAUUAUAAUCUUCGUGGUCUAUUUCAUCAUCAUCAUCGUGAUGAUAAUCGUAUUGGUUUUAUUCCUAAUUUAGACAUAGACCACGAAGCUUAUAAUUUGUCUGAAACUCUCAUUUU